AUGCUCCAUGCUGUGGUCAAAUGCAGCAAGCGACUAUACUCUCGACUACCUGAAAAGACUCUGACGUUGGCCAAGUUCAAUUUCCCUAGUGCCACCAACACUAUAGAGGAGGUAAGUAACAAGAUCGACAGUUAUUUGAACAACAGGAGUGCAAAGAUUACGUUGCAUGGCCAUAUUCACAGAAAAUCUCGGCUACGAGCAGCGUUGAGCUUUGGCUUUAUAAGAGACAAACAGGGCGAUGUGUUGCAGUUUGUUUCAGAUGUUGGUUCUGGCGAUCAGCUGGUGUUGGAAACAAUGAAAAAACUCUCUGUUGAGGAUUCUGUUGCUAUAACGGGGCAUGCGAAACGGAAGGAAACGGUCGGGAAGGAAAAGGAGGACGCUUGGGAGUUGGUAGCUGAAGAGAUCCAAAUACUAAACGCGUCCAAUUUGGACGCGUCCAGACUUGAGAAGUUGAAGCAAGCUAGUCCGGAAGACAUCCCGCCCCAGUUUCGCUAUUUGCAGCUCCGUACGCCCUUUUACCAAAACGCAUUGAGAACUAGAAGCAAGCUUGCGCAGCUCGUGCGGAAGGUGCUAGUGGAAAAUCACGACUUUGUCGAGAUUGAAACGCCGUUGUUGUUCAAGUCAACCCCGGAGGGUGCUCGGGAAUUUCUAGUGCCAACACGCGCUUUCGACCUGUUUUAUGCAUUGCCGCAAUCGCCUCAGCAGUACAAACAAAUCUUGAUGAGCUCGGGUUUCACAAGGUAUUUCCAAAUGGCUAAAUGUUUCCGUGAUGAGGAUUUGCGCGCGGAUAGACAGCCGGAAUUCACUCAAAUCGAUUUGGAAAUGAGUUUCAUCAAUAGUGCUGACCAAGUUAUGAAAGUUGUCGAAGAUGUCGUGCUCAAUUUGUGGAAACACACAAGUAAAAGCGGUACUUAUCACGUUAAUUCCAAAGGCAACUUGCAACCGAUUCAUAAUCUCGGCGAAAACAACAACGACUCCUUGCAAUUUCAGAAAUUGCGUUACGAGGAAGCUUUGCAAAAAUACGGAAUUGAUAAGCCUGAUUUGAGGUCGAACAUAUCUUUCACCUCGCUCAGUGACUUUUUCGUGGCGAAAGAGAAUCCUAGUUUCCCCGUGGUUGAAGCUUGCGUAUUGAAAAACGCCUUUGAGCCGGAGCCGGAGGGGCUGAAAAAGAAAAAGUACAAGAUACCAAAGUCACUCAUUGACCCAAUCAACUACAACAGAAGACGCCCUUAUGUGUGGGCUGUUGGAAAAGAACAAGGAGAAAAAAAUGGAAACUCGAACUGGUGGUACCAAACUCUCCUCGAGAAAAACAUCAUCACGGCAAAGGAAAAUAUUAACGAACUGGAGUUGAACCAGCUCCUAAAUUUGGAACCCGGAGAUAUAAUUGCCGUCUCUACUAGAGCUGAACUACCAUACGAAAAUCCCACACCCUUGGGCAAAUUCAGGCAACUUGCAAUAAAAGAGUUUCCGCGCAAAUGGCUUCGUCCAAUCGAAAACCAUGAGCAACAACUCGUUACUGACUAUGAUCCUGAAAGUGUCACGGUGGGCUCAUGGGUCGUUGAUUUCCCUUUGUUCAACCCUGUUGAGACAUCAUCUCAUCUCGAUUCCCCUUACCCAAAUUACGACUUUGACAAAUUCGAGUCCACUCAUCAUCCAUUCACCAUGUGCAGAUCCAAAGACUAUGACUUGUUGGAAACUGACCCUUUGGCCGUCAAGGGCGAGCAUUACGACUUGGUCAUGAACGGAGUCGAAGUUGGUGGUGGUUCUCGCAGAAUCCAUGAUCCAGCGUUGCAGAAAUUUGUUUUUGAAGAAAUUCUUCGAAUCCAGAACCAUCAACAGUUGUUUGGACACUUGGUCAAGGCGCUAAGUAUGGGGUGUCCUCCGCACGCAGGAUUGGCGUUGGGUUUUGAUAGAUUAUGCGCAAUGAUUGUGGGAUCUCUGUCCAUUAGAGAUGUCAUUGCAUUCCCCAAGAACCAAUCGGGCAAGGAUCUUGUCGUUGAUAGUCCCACAAGCGUCGACGAGCAAACUUUAAACGAUUACCAUGUAACAAAGUUUUAG